UUAAUAUAAAAAAUACAAAAUUUACACCUUAGUUUGAUUGUGUUGCUUAAGAAAUUAGCCUUAUGAACUUUGUCAAACAAUUUAGGAAAUACACUACAAUUAAACAGCCGCCAUACAAAAUUCUUUUUUUUGGAAGCGAUUGUUUUUCUUUGGUCACUCUUAAGAAGCUGCACAAUGCUUAUAUCAACGGAAGCCUUAUUACAAAGUUGGAGGUGAUGUGUCUUCCUCAUUCAAAAAUAAGGAAAUCGGUGGUUCAUGAAUUUGCUACAAACCAUCAAAUUCCAAUUUAUUAUUGGGGUAACUUUGAAUUUGGUGGAGAGUUUGACUUGGGUGUGGUUGUCUCUUUUGGCAAAAUGAUGCCACAGAGAAUAAUCGAUUCUUUUUCACUUGGAAUGUUAAAUGUUCAUGGUAGUUUAUUGCCGCAAUUGCGAGGGUCAUCUCCAGUAUCACGUGCAAUCCAAGGAGGUAUUACUUCCACCGGAGUUUCCAUCUUUCAGAUUAAAUCAGAUGGAUUUGAUCACGGAAAAAUAUUGUCCUAUAGUUCACCUGUGGUUAUUGAUGAUCAUGUGAAUUCAGAUGAGCUGACACAAAAACUUGCAUAUAUCGGUGCAGAUUUGUGUCUUGAGGUUUUAUGGAAUUUUCCAGAAAGAAUCGCCAACGCAAAAGAACAAGAUAGAAAGCUUAUUUCAUAUGCUCCCAAAAUAAAUGUUCAGGAAACUUUUAUUAACUGGGAAUCUAUGACACCAGAAACAAUACUUAAGAAUUUUCGGGCAUUUGGUUAUCAGAAAGAUUAUUUUCUACGUUGUGAAUAUAAUGGCCAAAUGAUUAAGUUUCUUCAACUUUCUUCUUGUACUGUAGAACAGACGGCCUUUGUAAGUGGGAAUUGUCCACCAGGCAUGGUUUCUUACCAUAAGCCUAGUAAAACAUUGUUGGUAAAAUGUUGCUCUGGACAUGUGGCUUGUACUAAAUUACUUUAUGGCAAAAUUUUAUCAUCAGCCGAUUUUUAUAACGGUUUUUGGCAAAAGGUAAAAAAACAAGGUAAAAAUGUUCAAUUUCUUUCCAACAAGUAUUAAGUUGAAUUGUUCUUGGUUUAUUUUCGAGGAAGUUUAACUGAUGUAAUAAACAUUUAAUUUUUAAUGUUGGUUGUUUGAAGCAUUUUGUA